CAGUUCGCCUCAACCUAUCAUCCUUGCUUGGAAGGAGCAUUAGUUGCAUUUCGCUCGCACGACAAUGCCUAAAACGCAGGAAACGAAGUUCAUCAACUCGCUGUUUUUGACUAACCUCAUCCAGUCGCAGUAUGGUGAGUCGGAGGUGAAGAUCAAGGUGUACGAUGUCGAACCGGCCACCGCCGAUAUCAACGAUCCGUACGCGAGAUCGUCGAUGAACCGCAUCCUGGUGAAGUACACCUCGAAGGUGAACCCGAACGAUGCGGCGAUUACGUUCGUGGCUAAAAUCAAGCCUUGCGAGGGUCACCUAGUGCAGCAGUUUCAGAAAACGGACGUGUUUGAAAAGGAAAUUUAUAUGUACAAGGUCGUACUGCCCACGAUGGUCAACAUGAUCGCGAAACUGGGCAGCGUUAUCCAACUGGCGCCACAUCUAAUCUACUCAUCAGAGGUCCCCUCGGAUCUGGUCGUGCUGGAGGAUCUUACUGUGCGUGGAUUCAGCGUGGAAAACCAAACGCUCGGUAUAACGCUAGAGCAAAGCCGCAUGGCCCUAGAGAAGCUGGCCUUCUUCCACGCGGCCAGCGCUUGCAUGCUGGCAGAAAACGCGCAAGUGUUUGCCAAGUUCGGCAAAGGAACGUUCCACAACGAGUACAAGGACAAGUUGAAAUAUUUCCCGGAUGUGCUGAGCACCGUGUACGAGCUCGCCGCCGAACUCGGGCUCGGCGCGGAGACAGCGGCGAAGCUUAAACAACUGCCACCCAAAACGAUUCAGAAGGCGGUCGAGGCUUACGAGAGUGACUUCAAGGGAUUCAAGGUGCUCAACCAUGGAGACUUCUGGACCAACAACAUACUGUUCCAGUAUCAGUCGAACGAGUUGGCAGAUUCACUUUUCGUUGAUUUCCAGAACUGUGUCGUGGGUUCGCCGAUCAUCGAUCUGGUGUACUUUUUGGCCACCUCGCCUGCCUACGACGUCCUGCAGAAGCACAAGGACGAGCUGGUGUUUGUUUACCACGAAACGCUAGUGCUGCUGCUGCAGAAACUAAGUUACACCAAAACGAUUCCAAAGCUGAUGGAUUUACAGGUGGAGCUGUUGAAGCACGGUUCACUGCAAGUGAUCUACUCGCUGGCCGUUUCGCCGUUCCUGCGCACCAAAGAUGCUCAAAAUACGCCGCCCAUGCAACCGACACUGCACAAUCCUAACCAGCACGCCGACGUGAAGCAGAUCCUGCGAGCGCACGCACCGAACAUUGUGGCUCAGCUCCGAGCAUUCGAAGUGAUCGGGCUGCUGGACUGGGGUGCAACGGAGAGCAAAAUCAAGGGCCUAAUGUCCCGGUUCCAGCGCUAG